CAAAAUCCGUGACUACCUAAUAUUCAGUGGCAAUAUUGCUUGGAAUAUAUUUGUUCGUACUGAAGUGCUCCGUUUCCAAAUUAAAACCUUCAAAAUCAGUGAUGAAUUAUUUUGAAAAAAGAGAACUAAAUUUGUGUUUAUGCAUUUUAUCCUACAAAAUUUUACAGCUUUUAGAGAAAUCCAUUUAUUAUUGCAAUUCGAGUUUUGGAGACUUAUAAAAUCCACGGUUUAAUAAUCAAAUUUUGACUUAUUGUUCUAAAUUUUCAUAUAAGUGGUGUUUUGAAUACAUAAGUAAGAUGAGCGACACAUUGACUUUUGGAUAUUUCAGUGGCGAAGAUGAAGAUUUUUCAGUAUUCCUGACAUCAUGUGACAGUUGCCAUAUAGUUCUGUCUCUUAAUGAGUAUUUCGACAUAGACUUCAGCAAAAAAGUGUAGUUUCAAAAAUACCGCCAGACGUCUCGAAACAACUUUAGUCACGCAACAUCACAUUUCGCUAGGAAUUACGGCGUGGCUCAUGAAUGGAUUCAAGUGAAAUUUAGGUGAAAUGAAGUGAACCGAAGCACAUUCUAUUACGAAAAAUUGGAGUCAAAAGUGAAUUUAAGCAGGUAUUUAUAGUGGAGCCACCGGGCUAUGGCCAACCUGAACUUUGAGCAGCCACCUCGGAGUAUCGCAAACGCAAGCCUAGCUACACGUGGGGGUGGUGGGGGGGUCUUAAGCUCGACGACCCUCACGGGUCAUGUCACGCCUACCUCGGGCAUGUUCUCAGGCUCAUCGGCAAGCACAUCAAGUACACCAAACACCUCGGUUAUUGGUCCCAACGUCUAUCCUGGAGCCACCAGUUCUGGAGGCGUCCAGCCUGCCGGACAUCAACCACAGCAACUUUCCCCUAUGGGAAGUAGGGGACUCUUUGGCCAAAGGGCUUUCACUGACAGGCGUACAAUGCCAGCUCUUGGAAACUCUAAUCCCAUGGGUAGUAUGGGCAGUUUUGGAAUACCUCCAAGCCGCAGCUACGGAUCUCAAGGAGCGAUCAACAACUUCCAUUCGGUAUUUGGCAGCGGAGGUGGUGGGGACACCAGUACACCUCCACUUUUGGACCUCUCAGAAUUUCCCUCAUUGACCAACCGAGGUCAGGGCGAUUCUAUGCCUCAGCCUAGUCCCAUGCCGGGAAAGCAACCUUAUGUCGGUAUGGUGAAGCAGCCAACGUGUGAAUCGAGUGAAUUUACGAUGAGCUCGGAAGACUUCCCCGCUCUGCCCGGAACUCAAAGUAGGGAAGGACCUUCGCCUGGGGGUGGCGUGUCGGGAGAAAAGGGUAUGAAUGUUGGUCUUGGUCCCGAAAUUAGUCAAGACGUACUGCAAGCCAACAGAACACCAGGUUUGGAAAAGUCGCUGGCGUCCAAAAGAGGGAUCCAGACCUCUCCCGAUGGUAAAGUAACGAAUAUACCGUCGAGUAUGGUCAAAGAUCAAUUCGGAAUGGUGGGUCUUUUGACCUUUAUUAGGGCAGCAGAAACGGAUCAAAAUCUCGUAUCCCUAGCGUUAGGGCAGGAUCUUACUGCGUUAGGACUUAAUCUUAAUUCUACGGAAAACCUCUAUCAGAAUUUUGGAGGACCUUGGGCAGAAACACCUUGUCGACCACAAGACAUUGACUUUCACGUUCCACCAGAAUAUCUCAUAAACGCUUCUAUCAGUAUUCUUUUCUUCAGGGAGAAACUGGCUCCUGUUAAACUAAAUCGGUAUAAGGACGAUCUCCUAUUUUAUAUGUUUUAUACGAAUGUUGGAGAUGUACUGCAACUCGCUGCAGCAGCAGAAUUAUACAGUAGAGAAUGGCGGUAUCACAUGGAAGAGAAAGUAUGGAUAACGCAAGCGCCGGGACUAGGAUUGGUUGAAAAAACGGGAACGUAUGAGCGUGGUACUUAUUAUUACUUUGAUGCACAAAAUUGGAGGAAGGUAGCUAAGGAGUUCCAUUUAGAUUAUUCGAAAUUGGAAAGUAGACCACAUCUUCCUCCCUCGUUCCAUCCGGCCCAGCCUUGACUACAAAUCUGCCUGCAGACCGUUGUGCUGCCUCUAAGCUGGAAGCAAUUCAGCAAUUGUAUAAAUGAACAAAUUUAAUAAUCUUUAAUAAAAACAAGAAAUUCAAUAAGUAAUCAAUAAAAAGUCCUUGCUAAGAA